AUGGUAAAAGUCUACGUAAUUACGACGGAUGACACAAUAAACAUAUUGGUCUUAGAUGAACUGGAUUACGACGGUUUGAAUUGGGUAAAGAACUUCAAUGUCCGUUCCAAGGGAGAGAUUGUAAUUAAUGUUGCAUCGAGUGGUAUAGCAUCGCUAUUACUCCUCGGUGGAAGAACAACUCAUUCUCGAUUUGGACUUCCCAUAAAUGUACACGAACCUUCCACCCGCAGCAUAACGCAACAAAGUCGAGAGGUGGAGUUGAUGAUUAGGGCUAAGCUUAUUAUGUGUAACGAGGCUCCUAUGAUGCAUAUAAACUGUUUUGAAGCGCUUGACAAGACAAUGAAGUCAAUAUUACAGGUAGACAAACCGUUUGGAGGUAAGAUGGUUGUUCUUGGAGGAGAUUUUAGGCAAAUUUUACCAGUUGUACUCAAAGCAUCAAGGGAACAAAAUGAUGAUGAAGCUUCGCUAGAGAUUCCCGAGAACAUGUUGAUUGGUGAUUCAGAAGAUCCAUUCAGAGACCUACUGAACUUCGUCUAUCCCGAUUUGUUGAGUAGCAUGUAUGAUCCAGAUUAUUUUCAAGGGAGGACAAUUCUUGCCCCAACUAAUGAAUGCGUCAAGUCUGUGAACGAUCACUUAAUGUCUCUUCUUCUAGGUGAGGAGAAGGUGUACCUGAGCUCAGAUAGUAUGUAUAGGGACGAGCAAACAACGGAGGAUAAUGCAAAAAUCUAUUCGACUGAAUUUCUCAACACAAUAAGAUGCUCGGGGCUUCCUUCUCAUGUAUUGAAGUCCAAGGUCGCUGCACCAGUUAUGCUAAUAAGAAACAUCGAUCAAGCAGAGAAUUGUGCAACGGGACCAGACUUCAAAUUAUUAUAA